AGUCACAACUCAAACUUUACAGAGCAGGCUCGGAAACGUAAGACUGCCAACCGCCCGGGCCCUAAAGUCCAAUCCCGAAUCACUUCUUUCUCUUCCGCACCCCAGAGACGUUUCUCUCUCUAAAGCCCUCUUCUUCGCCUUUCAUUCUCUGCUCGCGCCAGCCCUAAAUCCUGCGAGUCUGGUUCAUAUGUCAACAUCCGGACCUCCACAAUUCCGAUACACGCAGACCCCAUCCAAGGUUUUGCAUCUCCGUAACCUGCCAUGGGAGUGCUCGGAGGAAGAGCUGGUCGAGCUCUGCAAACCAUUUGGGAAGAUCGUCAACACCAAGAUCAAUGUUGGCGCCAAUCGCAAUCAGGCCUUUGUCGAAUUCCCCGACCUAAAUCAGGCAAUUCAAAUGGUUUCCUACUAUGCAUCAUCAUCUGAGCCGGCACAAGUUCGUGGUAAAACUGUGUAUAUACAGUACUCGAACAGACACGAGAUUGUCAACAACAAGAGUCCAGGCGAUAAUCCCGGUAAUGUAUUACUGGUGACUAUGGAAGGGGUAGAAGCUGGCGAUGUCAGCAUUGAUGUUAUUCACUUGGUAAGUUUACUGAUUCAAAACCUACGUACAGUUUUUGGUUAAUGUUUAGCUGUCCUGAGGUAGGCUGAAGGUACAAGAAUGGAUUUCAGUUCAAAGGAGGAAUUGAGUAUAGAAUAAUUUGUAUAUAAUUGGGUUUCCGAGCUUGGAGGCCAUAGUCAAAUGUUCAGAGAAGCACUUAAGUGAACUCGAUGGGGGCGCUGGCAUUGUUAUAUAACUUGUAAAGGAACAUUAUCGGUUGAAUGUCUUUGGUCUCUUCAUUUGGCCGAAAGGAGAAACAUAAUAGUAGCAAUGAACUUUCAGCUGGGUCUGGGAACGAUAUAGGCUUUAAAACAGGAAUGUAUCCAGUGUUGUAGUGGCAUGUAGGAUAGUGACGUUCUGAUGAUAAUUGCAAUUCACAUGGGAGAGAUGUGGAAAGAAAAAUGAGGAAAAUGUAGAGGUUAGGAGUGAUUAAUCUGCUGUCCAUAUGAUUAAUGUUGUGGUUAUCUUUUCUAUUCUAUCCCCGUAGCCUCUCCUUUCUUUUUUCCCCCUGAAGCAGUCUACAAAACCUUCCACUGUACAUAGAGUUGUAGGUAUGUAAACAUUGAUAUAUGAGCCAAAACUGAACAUUUCAGGUUGAGUGUUAGGAAUUGCUAUUUGGUUUUGUCCAAAAAAGGCUCUUCUUUGGUGAAUAAUGGUUUCUUCAUGGUUGUUCUCUUUGUCUUAAUCUGAAUAAUUCCUGUGCUUUUUUUGACAAUCUGAAAUAUGAAUUAUACAUGAAUCAGUUUUUAUCCAAAUCAGGUUGGCCUCUUAUUUAGAUUCUUCUGUUGGAGACAGUUUGGAAAUAUUUCUUGUACGUCAUACUCCAUUCUAUGCUCUGUCUUGACGAAUACAUGUUCAGGUAUUUUCGGCUUUUGGCUUUGUGCACAAAAUUGCUACCUUUGAAAAAGCAGCUGGCUUUCAGGCUUUAAUUCAAUUCACUGAUUCAGAGACAGCUUCUUCAGCAAGGAAUGCAUUGGAUGGCAGAAGUAUACCAAGAUACUUGCUGCCAGAACAUGUUGGUUCAUGUAACUUGAGAAUCUCAUACUCUGCCCACACUGAUCUUAAUAUUAAGUUCCAGUCCCACAGAAGCAGGGGGUUAGUGAAGCUUUGUAGCAGGCACACAGAUGUGUUUUCAUGGCAACUUAGUAAUUUCCUACUUCUUUGUUUGUAUCUCUUGGAUGUGAUCAAUAUUGUUGUGGCUAUUACUGCUUCUGAGAUGCUUGAAAGUUAGUAAUCACUUCUUUAGAGAAAUUAGUUUAAUCAUUUGUAGAAAGUAUUACUUUGUCUUUAUGAACUGUUUCAAUCAAAAUCUGUAAUGGUUAUUUUUUAUAUCGUGAUUGAAAUGCUACCUUGUCAUAAUUGUUCCACUGGUUAAUAGAAUGAGUUAGUUUUGGCUUAAGAAGCUGCUACCUAGGCAGUUACAAGUGUGUAUGUAAUUCUUUUUCUAAUAAUGAAUAAAGAGCGUGUCAAGAACCUAAGGCCCACCUAGGGUAAGCCAGGAAACUCAUGUUCUUCCCUGCUGAAGAGUGAGUACUGUUGAACUUUUCUUGCUGCAAUUCUAUGAAAGUAGAUGUCCUUUUCCAGGAUAUAAUUUAUCAAUUUCCAUACCAGAUGUUACUCUAGUGUUCAUGAUAGCAUUAUCCAGCCAAUUGAAAAGCCACAAAGCUAACAAUAAUGUAUACUAUAUGAUUUCGGCUACAUUGCUGAGUUAACUAUGUCUUCAAUGUUUGUGUGAUGCAUGUGUCUUUCAUGCUCUGCAGGGACUAUACAAAUCCAUACUUGCCUGUGAAUCCUACUGCCAUUGAUGGGUCUCUGCAGCUUGCUGUAGGCCCGGAUGGAAGGAAGAAAGAACCUGAGAGUAAUGUUCUACUUGCAUCAAUAGAGAAUAUGCAGUAUGCUGUUACUGUGGAUGUUCUUCAUACGGUGUUUUCAGCUUUUGGUAACGUGCAGAAGAUUGCAAUAUUUGAGAAGAAUGGCAGUACUCAGGCACUAAUUCAGUAUCCUGAUAUUGCAACGGCAUCUGUAGCGAAGGAAGCUUUAGAGGGACACUGCAUUUAUGAUGGUGGCUAUUGUAAGCUUCAUCUAUCAUACUCUCGUCAUACUGAUCUCAAUGUAAAGGCUUACAGUGAUAAGAGCAGAGACUAUACAAUCCCAGACGCUAGUUUGCUUGCUGCAUCAUCACAAAUCCCAUGGCAGAAUCAUCAAGCUAUGUCAGCAUAUGGUGGGAAUGCAUACAAUGCUCCCCCAGGUGUGCCCGGUAUGCCACAUCAAGCUCCCACUGGCCAGUCGCACGGUCCAGGACCAGGCUAUGGCUCAAACCCAGGAUCCUAUGGUGGUCAUACAUCAUAUCAACCACAACCGCCUAUGCAUCCGUAUGGCAAUACUGCAGCUGGUCCUCCUGAUUCAUCCCCUCGCAUCUCAUAGGGCAGCUCAGCUCAUCCUGGAGUCCACCCGAAUUUGUGAUCUGGUGCGGUGCUUCACACUUGAGCACACUACCACCAAUGUGGCUCCCUGGCCUUCACCAUGUGAGAGGGUUGGUAGGGUUACGUACGUUGUACCUGUCUGCACCAUUUAAUGAGUUCGUGGGACUAAGGAAAAAUCUCAGGAAACUACGGGGAUCGACUUGUAUUAGUAUUUUGCCGCUGGCAGAAAUCAUAUAUUUACCCUUUUUGCAGCCUGUUGCCGACAAUUUCCAAACUAUACCGAUGUAAAUGAACUGCUCAACAACAAGUCUUUUUUUUUUUUUUUUUUUGUGUGUAAAACAAUACAGUCUUUCCAACCCCAUUUCCAGAAAACUCUCUUCUAAUGU